AAAACAAGAAGCAAGGUGGCCCCGGCCGGGCGCCCCUUGAGACCCGUGCGAGUUGCGGAGCUCACGCUGCUCCCUCCCGAGGCGUGAAGCGGCCGCGGCAAUAGCAGACAGCGUAGGCGCCGGUGAAAAUGGGCCGCAAGCUGCUCAAGGUUGUCAUCUUGGGCGAUUCGGGGGUCGGUAAGACCUCUCUCAUGAAUCAGUUCGUCAACCGCAAGUUCCAGUCGCAGUACAAGGCGACAAUCGGAGCCGACUUCCUCACCAAGGAGCUGGAAGUGGAUGGGCGGCCCGUCACGAUGCAAAUCUGGGACACGGCGGGCCAGGAGCGCUUCCAGUCGCUCGGCGUCGCCUUCUACCGCGGCGCCGAUUGCUGCGUGCUAGUCUAUGACAGCAACGACGAGAGGACCCUGCAGAGCCUCGACUCCUGGAGGGACGAGUUCCUCCGCCAGGCUGGGCCGAGCGAUGCGGAGGCGUUCCCCUUCGUCGUGCUGGGCAACAAGGUGGACGUGGAGGGCUCGGGCGCCGCGACGCAGAAGCGGGCUCUCGCCUGGUGCGAGGGAAAGGGCAACGUGCCGCUGUUCGAGACCUCCGCAAAGACGGCCAUCAACAUCGAGCAGGCCUUCGAGCUCAUCGCGCGAAACUCGCUGCUACAAGAGGCGAGGGAGGCGGAUCUCUACCUGCCAGACACGAUCGACAUGAGCCACGCUGGGACGAGCAGCAUCGGACGCCAGGGUGGCGGCUGUUGUUGAGCCUGCACAGCAUUGGUUCGGAGCUGCUGAGGUGUGGGUGUGGGCAUUGACCAUUAUUGUGACAUGUGCAUGUAACAGGCAGUCGCGUGCAACACCAACAGAGUGCAGGUCGCGCGAUUGGGAGAGAUAGGG